AUGUCUAUCUUCAAGAACCUCCUCGCGGCCACUGCCAUCGUCAAUGUCGCCUUCGCAGGUACCGCGUACUCUUCGGAUGUAGCGUCUGUUGUUACGUCCGUCCAGCUCGUGACUUCGGUGACCUUUGUCGACCCGCCGGCGGCUUCGUCUAGCACCCACUGCAACACUUUGACUGUUACAGAGGUAGCUCCUCCUAGCACUGUAACCGUCAUUGCUCCCCCUCCUGGUGCUAGCGGCACUGACGUUCUGGAGUCCUCCAAGUCCGAUGGCAUGACCAUCCAGACCUCCAUCCUGUCGUCCGCUAUCUCAAAGAUUCAGCCAACAGAGACUUGCGUCAGUAGCCUCCACACUGUCACGCACAGUGGCAAGGAUUUUACUAUCACUGCCUGCCACCUACCUCCAGCAGGUCUGACCUCUUCUACUGGCACUGUCACCGUGAGCGAGACCGAAGUUAUUCCCGUGCCAUCGGCUAGCGCUACCAUCGACACCUCUCUUGUCCAUGCUACUGCCAACUUCACUGGAACUGCGAUUACUGGAAGCAUCAUCUCACCGUCUUUCAGCCGUACAAACACUUACUCGCACACGUUCCACGUGAACGGCACCAAGACUGCUACCGCUACUGGCACAGGUGGUGCUAGCGCUUCUUACACGGCUCCCUCUCUCCCUCCCUUCACCGAUGCUGCGGAUGCUACCAAUGUGGGCGCUGCCGUCCUCUUCGGUGGUAUUUUGAUGGCUCUUUUCGGCGCCUAG